GCACGGCGUGGCAUUCCCGUAAUAAAAGAUAAACCCGAGGGUCGUUCAACAACGCGUACCCUUUUUCCUUCCGUUUCACGCUUGCUUCGCAUCUAAGCCAACAAACAAAACCAAACCCAAACGCCCCCUUUCCUUCUUCUUCCUCUCACCCUCUCCGUUAAGUACAGCAGAAGAACGAGGCCUCAGCGUUCUUCUUCUUCUGCGCCUUCUCUCUCUCUCUCUCUCUAAAACCCUAACCCUCGCUCCUUUCUCUCUCCUCGCCCGCCACGUCACCAGCGUUGCUCCUUCUGCUGCGGUUGUGGUUCCGGCGAUGGGACAGCAAUCGUUGAUCUACAGCUUCGUCGCUCGCGGCACCGUCAUCCUCGCCGAGUACACCGAGUUCACCGGAAACUUCACCGGCGUGGCGGCGCAGUGCCUUCAGAAACUUCCUUCCUCCAACAACAAGUUCACCUACAACUGCGAUGGCCACACCUUCAACUACCUCGUCGAUAACGGAUUCACUUACUGUGUUGUUGCGGUAGAGUCUGCUGGACGGCAGAUUCCAAUUGCUUUCCUUGAACGAAUCAAGGAGGAUUUUACCAAGAAAUAUGCUGGAGGAAAAGCAGCAACAGCAGCUGCUCAGAGUCUCAACAGAGAGUUUGGACCCAAGUUGAAAGAGCAGAUGCAGUACUGUGUUGAUCACCCAGAGGAAGUUAGCAAGCUUGCUAAAGUGAAAGCUCAGGUUUCAGAAGUCAAAGGAGUUAUGAUGGAAAAUAUUGAGAAGGUUCUUGACCGUGGGGAGAAAAUUGAGCUUUUGGUGGAUAAAACAGAGAACCUUCGCUCUCAGGCUCAAGAUUUCAGGCAGCAAGGAACCAAGAUUAGGAGAAAGAUGUGGUUCCAAAACAUGAAGAUAAAGCUAAUCGUUCUGGGUAUCAUAAUUGCGUUGAUUCUCAUUAUUGUUCUUUCCGUUUGUGGUGGCUUCAACUGUGGUAAAUGAGUCUUCACACGUUCUGGCUUCAACUGUGGUAUUUGUCUCCUCACUCGAUAAGAUUGCAAUUGCUUCUACUGUCGACAUAGUGCUUUUGACAUACAUUUUGGGAUUUAUAUUCUUCCGAUUUCUACAAUGAUCAAAUUGUAUGGCAUUGCUUGUAUAGUGUGUAAUGCUUUAGUCUUUUCUCAACUUGUCUUUUAUAGCGUAAUAUUAAUCUGCCAUUCUCUAUAGUGUAGGUGGGAGUUUCACCAUUUGGUCUUGAGGAUCAUGCUGUUAUAUUUAUGCUUACAUAUUAAGAAACCAACCAUUAUGUAGUUGAGCUUCCUAUUGCCAUAUUUUUUGUUAGAUGAGAUAAUUCGCGCAUUUGUAUGUCAA